CAUCAAGUUUUAUUGCUUAUAUUUGGGAGUGCCAGUGUUAUUGUCCAAACCCUGGCCUGUAAUACACCUCCUGUUGUGGAUAAUGCUUAUAUUUCUCAAAAUGAGAAGAAUGGCAAGUACUCAGAGGGGGACGUAGUAUACUACACCUGCCAUCCUGGAUACAUUUCAAGAGGACGCUUACUAUACAAAUGUCAAGACGGGGAAUGGACUCAGUCUCGUUUAUUAAAAUGUACACCAAAGCCAUGUGAACAUCCAGGGGACAUAAUAAAUGGCAAUUUCCAUCUGGUAAACAGCACUGAAUUUCUUUAUGGAGUCCAAGUUCAAUACACUUGCAAUGAAGGAUACCAGAUGGCAAGUCAAAUGGAUUUCCGUAUCUGUCUAGAGAAUGGAUGGAGCAAUGCUGUUCCUCACUGUGAAGUGAAAACCUGCAUACCUCAAAAACCUGCAACCAAUGUAAUAAUUACAAGUGGAAAGUUUGAACCAGAUGAACCAAUUCCUUAUGGAAACGUACUAAAGUUUGAAUGCAGCUCUUCCGAUUUUAUUAUUGACGGUGAAUCUGAAGUAUAUUGCAAAGCAGAUGGGAACUGGAGUAUCCCUUUUCCAAAAUGCAAAGAACUAAAAUGUCCGUCACCACCAAAUAUAGAUCAUGGAAGUUUGGUUCAAGCAUCACAGAAUGAAUAUGCUCAUGAUCAAAGAGUGGAAUACCAGUGUGACGAGUUUUAUCAAAUUCAAGGAUCCACAUUUAUAAGAUGCAUUCAUGGAAAAUGGUCAAUACCACCAAGCUGUAUAGAGAGAUGUGGAAGACCUCCUGUUGUUGACAAUGCUGUCAUUAUACAAAGGAUAAAAUUAUUCUAUGACAACAAUGACCAAGUUGCAUACCAAUGCAAGAGGGGUUAUAAAUUUCAAGGACAUUAUUCAUACAAGUAUAUCAGAUGUCUGCAUGGAAAGUGGUCAAACCCACCUGAAUGUUUAAGGUCAACGUGUGAUCCACCACCUGCAGUGGAUAAUGCUGAAAUUAUCAACGGGGAAAGGAGAUACUAUGAAGACAAUGACUGGAUUCAAUACCAAUGCGUCCAAGGUUAUAGACUUGAAGGAUCAUAUCCCUAUAGCACAUGUCUGCAAGGAAAGUGGUCAAAUGCACCAAAAUGUAUCAGUUUAAGGCCAAAGUGUGGGCUACCACCUGCAGUGGCUAAUGCUGUCAUUUCACGAGGAGCAAAGAGAGAAUACAGAGAAAAUGACUGGAUUGAAUACCAAUGCAACCUGGGUUAUGAAUUUGAAGGAUCAUAUCCCUAUAGCACAUGUCUGCAUGGAAAGUGGUCAAGCGCACCAACAUGUAUCAGCUCAAGAUCGGGGUCAGGUUUAGAGUGCGGGUUACCACCUUUAGUGAAUAAUGCUAUCAUUGAACAAAAGCUAAAGACAUCUGGAGUCUAUAAAAACGGUGAAAUGGUUACAUACAAAUGCCAAAAUUACUAUGUACUUAAAGGAUCAAACCAAGCCAGUUGUAACAGAGGAACGUGGGAGAGACUACCUAUUUGUUUAGAGCCAUGUAUUGUUACAGCCAAUGACAUGAAGGAAAGGAACAUUAGAUCAAGACAGCAUACACCAACAUCAACAGUCUUUAUAAAAUAUGAUUCUACAGUUGAAUUUGAGUGUACACAUGGGGCUACACGGAAUAGCAGUUCAUUAACAGGACACUGCCAUAAAGGACAACGGUCUUUGCCCACAUGUAUAAAGGCACAUGGCUGAAAUAAGCUUUAAGAAGAUGCUAUUCAACUGGAAACAAACAAACUGAACAGAAUAUACACAAUGUUUGCAAGGCUAAUAAAACAUAUGAAUCAUU